AUGAAAAUAGUAGUAAUAACCACUAAGACGCACAGGAGCCAGUCUAGAGCCACUUUUUAUAAGAAUUUUGCAUCACUACUGACCACAUCUAUGAGUUGUGAUAAUUUCAGUCCCAUCUUAACAUUAAAGAGGGAUGCGAAGAGACUAUAUGAUGAUUUAUUAUCAAGCUACAAUCGACUGAUUCGUCCGGUUUUUAACAAUAGUGAUCGACUGACUGUUAAGAUGGGACUGAAAUUAUCGCAACUCAUAGAUGUGAAUCUCAAGAAUCAAAUCAUGACAACAAACGUAUGGGUGAAUCAGCACGACUCCGGAAAAGUAGAGUGGAAUCCGCCGGCAAUUUAUAAGAGUUCCUGUAAUAUAGAUAUAAACUAUUUCCCAUUUGAUCAGCAGGAACCCGAUAAAGAGUCUGUUGUCGACUAUGGCAUCGAUUUAUCGGAAUUCUAUAUUAACGUUGAAUGGGAUAUAAUGACAGUCCCGGCGAUGAAGAGAAUCAAGUAUUAUAGCUGUUGUCCCGAACCUUAUAUUGACGUUACAUUCAAUAGAAUCAAGUAUUAUAGCUGUUGUCCCGAACCUUAUAUUGACGUUACAUUCAAUGUAACGCUUCGGCGAAAGACAUUGUUUUAUACGGUAAAUCUCAUCAUUCCUUGUGUCGGCAUUUCCUGUCUAUCAGUUCUGGUGUUUUAUUUGCCAUCAGAUUCUGGCGAAAAGGUCACUUUAUCGGUCUCUAUAAUGCUUUCCCUCACUUUCUUCUUCCUUGUCUUAAUUGAAAUCAUUCCCUCGACUUCUUUAACAAUGCCUUUAUUAGGCAAAUACUUGGUCUUUACAAUGGUUUUGGUCACGUGUUCAGUAAUCGUAACGAUACUUGUAUUAAAUAUUCACUUCCGGUCUCCAUCGACGCACAGAAUGGCGCCGUGGGUUCGGAGGACUUUCAUAAGAAUCCUUCCGAAGUUGCUUUUGAUGAGACCUCCGCAAUACAAACUCGAAAACAUCGAUUCGGACACUAAGCCAACCAAUGGAAAGGCGGCCACAGAUAUGGCUAAU